AUGGGCGUGCAAGAAGUCUUCGGGAACAGCGACUGGGACGCCAAGCACCGCGCCGCCGGCGGGAAGCUCGUCGUCGCCGACUUCACGGCCUCCUGGUGCGGUCCGUGCCAGAUGAUCAAGCCUCGCUUCCAUGCAAUGGCCGACCAGUACACGGACGUCGUCUUCCUCGAGGUCAAUGAAGCGAACAACGAAGACUUGAUCCACAGCAUUGGCAUCCGCGGCUUCCCGACGUUCCACUUUUACAUCAACAAGCAAAAGGUCGACGAAAUGGUCGGCGCCGACCCAAACACACUGCAGUCCAAGAUCGAGCAGUGGCGUGCGUCCGCCGGCCCCAACCCGUUCGCGUCGGAGGGCGUCUCGCUCGGAGGUGGCGGUGCCGCCCUCGACCCGCGCGAAGCUCGUCUGCGCAAGUUCAACCAGGUCGACUUGCUGCCGACAACGCCUGCACCUGUCGCCGCCCCGACGCCUGUCGCUGCGCCAAUCGCUGCGUCGGCGGCCUUGACCGCAGAGCAGCAAGCUGAAGACGCCGAGCUCGCGCAAGCUCUCGCGCUCUCGCAGCAAGAGCUUUCCCAGGCCCAGGCCAACGUCGACGAGAGCGGUGCGCCUGCCGAGAUGGCGCUGCCCCCGGUCAACGAAGCCUUCCUCGCACAGCUCGUCGAAAUGGGCUUCCCGGAGCUCCGCGCGCGCAAGGCGCUGCUGGCGACGAACGAUGGCAACCUCGACCAGUGCAUCAACUGGAUCGACGAGCACCAGGACGACGCCGACAUUGACGCGCCGAUCCAGUUUAUCGACAUGGCGCACCACAAGCGAACGCUGACCGCGGACGAGAAGGCGGCCAAGGUCGAGGAGCUGAAGCAGCGCAUCGAGCUCAAGCGCAAGGAGCGCGAAGAGGCCGCGAAGAAGGACGACGUGGCGCGGGAGAUUGCGCGGCGCAACAUGGGCAAAGAGGCGAACGCGGCCAAGGAGGAGUACGAAGCGAUCCAGAUGCGUCUGCUGCGCGAAAAGCAGCGCAAGGAGAAGCUCGACGCCAAGCUCGAGCGCGAGCGGCUUCUGAAGCAGCUCGAGAUGGACAAGGCCGAGCGCCGCGCCCACGGCGGCGUGCUCAAGAAGGCGGCCUUUGAGAGCGACGUGGCGGUCGACCGCUUGAUGCAGUACCGCGUCGGCGGCGACGGGCUCACGGCGCUCAAGACGCUGCAGAUCUACGUGCGCAACGUGCUCGAGAAGCCCACCGAGUUUGAAAAGUACUCGAAAAUCAACGGCGGCAACGCGGCCUUCAAGAAGCGCGUCGGGUCGCUCCUCGGCGGCCUCGCCUUCCUGCGCGCGGUCGGCUUUGUCAAGACGGACACGGACGAGCUCGUCAUGACGGCGCGCAACGAAGCGCUCUUGAGCGAGGCCAUGCAGCUGCUCUCGGCCGCCAUUGCGCGCUACUAA